UUUACGCUCUUGAUCAGCACGCACAGCCGGUUCGAGCUACUCUCCGAGCAGCUGUCGUACUACAGCGCGUCGCCGAUGAUCUCGACCAUAGUCGUCACGUGGCACAACAUGAACAUUAAGGCACCGCCCGACGCCCGCGUCAAUGGGACGUAUAUUCGGUUCGAAAGCCCAACCACGGACAGCCUCAACAACCGCUUUCAGCCCUUAGCGUACAUUACGACCGAGGCCGUCUUCAUCCUGGACGACAUCAAGCUGCACCUGCAGGACAUGCACAACAUGUUCGCUGCCUGGAAGGAGAACAAGCAGAACCUCGUCGGGGCGUCGCCUCGCUGGGUCGAUGGUGGUUCAUCGGAGCCCGGGUCUGGCGGGCGUGCUUCCGCGCCGCACAACUUGGCCUACUUAACCCAAAGCGAGGCCUCACCGGACAAGUACGAAGGGUACAGCCUGAUGCUGACGAGGACGAUGAUGAUGCAUCGUGACUAUCUUCACCUCUACACCCACUUCGACCAGCUUCGAUCGCUCAUCUUGUCGAUCGUCGCGGCCGAAUUCAAUUGCGAGGACAUCGGCAUGAACUUCGUCGUGAACGCGGCGAGGUCCAGCGCCAACCCGCCAGGCGCCGACGCUGCGCCCCUUUUCGUACGGCCGCUGCACAGAAUUGGCGACUUCGGAAAGAUGGGCGACACGGGUCUGCACCAGAAGAAGUCGCAUACAACGGCGCGGACGGACUGCUUGAACCAGAUGAACCGAGCCUUUUGGCAGGCGACUGGCCAAAGCUUGCCUGUUCAGACGAGGGUCAUUGAUGCAAUGCCGUCUAGCCUCAACUCGACGUCGACGGCGCUCAUGCAGAGGCGGUAUUCAGGGCUGAGCGUCCGCCUUCACGACGACUGCAUGACGAUCGAGCGCGGGGUCGACGGGGUCCACAAACAAGGGGGGUGCUCCUGGGAUCUGCCGGCCCAGACGAAGUACAACGCGUAUUACGUUCCUUCCGUGCACUGA